AUGAUCAAGAAGAAGGUUGUUAUACCAAUAAUAAUUGUGUUAUUAUUUUGGUAUUUGACCAUAACUACUUCCCCGGUUAUUAAUAAUAAUGAUCUAUUUAUCCUAAGAAACAGUCAAUAUUUAGUCAACUUGAGGUUUAAAUGGUUACCUUUUAUGAUUCCUUCCAAUGGCAUGAUAAUAUCUCAGUUUAUUGGGUUCAACUUAUAUUUGAUACCAUCUUAUAGCCAUUGUGAUUUCACAAAAGAUACUUGUGAAGAUGAUUUUGUAAUUGAUAUAAUUGAUUCCAAGGCUUAUACCGAAGAAUUUAAACUCGACAAUGAAUCCAAAGAUCAAAGAGCUCAUUCUUUCAGAUACAUUGGAUACGAUUUAUAUUUGAAAUAUUCAAGUAGCCCUGAUGAUGAUAUCAUAAGAUCAAUUGAUGUUUUCGAUAACGUUAAGGAAGUAAGACCUUACUAUAAAAAGAUCCAACCAAGAUCUAUGUUAUUCAAAAAGUCAAUUCAUUUCUUAGCGGUGAAUCAACAAUCUAGUUCAAACUAUCUUGGCUUCUUAUCAGACUUUAAUAGUUUGAAGCUCAAUCAACAGUUAAUGAGUUCAACUCCGAAUUUCAAGAUUUUUCAGAUAAGCGAUUUACAUUAUCUUAAUGGUAGAAUUGAUUAUAAAACAGAAAUUUUUUUAAUCAAUUCCAUAAAAGCAGAGAAACCAAAUUUAAUCAUUAUAAAUGGAGAUUUGUUCAAUUUCCAAAAAUUCAAGUUCAAUAAUUUUUCAAUGAUUUUGAAUGCUUUGAAUUUAUUUAUUUCCUUCAAAAUUCCUUAUAUCAUAAAUUUUGGUGAUUCAGAUUAUAUCUCAAUUUCUAAAAAUAUUCAAAUGUUGAAAUUCAUUUCAAACUUACCAUAUUGUCUUAAUUCAUUACCGGAAACUGAAAGUAAUGGAUUAACAAAUUAUAACUUCGUUUUGAAGAACAAUCAAAAGAACAAUAUCAUUGGAUUGAUUUCAGUGUUGGACACUUUUGAAAAUAGAUUGGUAAGUUCACAAAUCCAUCAAUUAUAUCGCUUCAAUAAUGAUCUCCCUUCAAAGGGAUCGGUCGAUUCUGAUAUUUUCAAAUUAUCGUUUAUUCAUUUCCCCUUACCAAAUUUUAGACCUUCAGGUAAAUUCAAAAUUGUUGGCACAUAUAACGAAAAGUCUCCACUACAAACUUCAACCGACAAAUCAUUCAUUAAUGAUUUCUUAACUAUGGGUUAUAAUGUUAUACUGGCAUCUCAUGAACACAAAAAUGAUGGUUGUAUACUACAUGAAGCUAAAAAUCAACCCGAAAGUAAAACAUUACAACUCGAAAAAGAUAUAUGGUUGUGUUAUUCUUCAAUUAGUGGAUUUCAAGGUUUGGCAAAUGAUUUUGACAGAAAAUUAAGAGUUUUCGAAAUAAUAGACAAUAGAUUGUUGAGUUGGAAAAUAAGUGAAAAAGAUGGUAAAGGGUUUGAUUAUCAGUUAAUAGCUGGUAAUUAA